AUGAAGGAAAUAACGUAUCAGGUCGAGGGACGGAAUGUGCUGCGCAACGAUGCUCGCUGUAAACUUCGUGCCCCGGUGGCCGAUUUGAUAGCCAUGGUGUUCAACGAGAACUUUUUGAAGGAGCGCAUGCUGGAAUUUCACAUCGACGCCGAGAAAAUUACGGGCACCGGCAACCUGAUGCGCCGCAUUGAACGAGCAUACGAGGCGUUGGACAGAAUUCGGGAUGCGGCCACCCAAGCAAAGACCGACGAGCGAUUGGCAAGAUUGGAGAGAAGCACGAUCGCGUUUUACGAACUAAUCCCGCAUCACGAACGGGCGCCUCUCGACACCGAGGAGCUGAUCGAUAAAAAAAUUGAGCAACUCGGCGAGCUGAUCGAGUUGGCCGAAAUCGAGCAGAUGAUGGAUAAACACGGCAGCAAGGAACCACGGCAUAUUCUAGACCAACUCUACGACCAUAUCAAGUGUGAUAUUGUGCCACUCCAACGGGAGGAGGAUGAUUUCAAGAUGAUCGAGCGCUACAUUUUGGAGUCGGGCAACUCGCAGUAUGGCGACUUCAGAUGUUAUGAUGUUGCGGCGGCAUUCUCGCUUCGACGCGGCGGCGAAGAUGCGGCGUUCCGGAAAGAUUUGCCUAACCGAACAUUACUCUGGCACGGCUCGAACGUCGUCAACUACUGCGGAAUCUUCACACAAGGCCUCAGGAUUGCUCCCAAGGAAGCGGCGUACAUCACCGGUCAAGCCUAUGGCCGCGGCCUCUACUUCUCUGACAACUUCAACGUGUCGAUGGGCUAUUGCCGGGUGAAAGCGGAUGAGGAGCCGCUGAUUUUGUUGUGCGAGGUGGCGCUGGGAAAGAGCCGGAACUUCCACACUGGCGGCGGCUACCACUCGGAUUCCGGAAAGUCAUCAUGGAAUUCGACGUUUGUGGGUUUCGGCGACAAGCAUACAAUCGAGGAUCCUGCGAGCUUUGUGCCCCAUCCCGAUGGAUACGGCGUUCCGCUGAGCCCCCACGUCGACCGCACUUCAACGACAGAAAAGCCGCUGCGCCAGAAUUUUUACGUCGUGCCCAAGACGGACCAGGCCCGUCUCCGCUUCAUCAUUCGGCUGCGGUUGAAGCCCGGCGCCAAUGUCCCCAGCACGCGCCAC